AUGUCUACGACCCAACCUUCUCAGUUCACUCAACCUGAUCCUGCAAAUCCACGAACUACUCCUCUUCUACACAAUGCAUCCCUCGCAGCCCUCAUCGUUUGUCCACUCGUUAUGAUGAUACCACCCCGCAAAAUGGACGUCUAUACCUUCGCUCUCAUGAGCACAACAUUUAUCGGUGGUAAUCACUUAGCCUACGAAUACACUGGUGUCUCAAUGAUGACUCGCAUACAAAACCGAGUGACUUCUUUUUCAGGCACAGAAUUGCCUGAAAAGGCAAAGGAAACUCAGAGAAGAAUACGGGAAGCGCAGGAAAAGAAAAGGAUGGAGGAGAGUGGAAAGUUUGUGGGAACGAUGUUUAAAUCUCAGGAAGGCGCAAAAGGCGAGGGAGUACUUGAAGCAUUGGAGAAGAGAAGUGCUGGUCAACCAACGGUAGAGAAUGUUCAAGGAAAGGGGAAAGAAAGUGUUUUGGAGAAAAUAUGGUUAGGUGGCGAGGGAAAAGACUGGAAGGAAAAGAGAGACCAGAAGGAGAAAGAAGCCUUGGAAGCGGGGAAAGGAUAUGGUGACUUGAUUAUGGAACAGAUUUGGGAGGUAUGGAAUGGAGGAAAGAAGAAGAUGGAAGAGGUAAAAGAGGUUGAUGAGAAAGUGGUAGAAGGAAAGAAGAAAUGA